AUGUCUCAACAGGUUGAAGGCUGGCCUCUGGGUUUACAGCCACUGAAUGCGAGGAUUGGGAUGGCAAGAAAACGUAAAAAUUCGGGGUCAAUGUCAUUUAACACGUUACUUUCUGGUUCCCCAUCUUCUUCCACAGAUUCUUCAUCAUCAAAUUUAGACACACAGUCCACUGAGUCUUUUUUCCAAGACAAUAGCAUCACGUUUGGGAGCCUUAUAGGUGUUUCCAGCAUUUUAGAGCUAUCUAGAAGAUCACUAAGAAGAGCAAAAACACAAGUCUUGAAGAGCAAGAAGUCUAAUCCCAGCUCAUGGUUGUUAUGUCUGUGCUUAAGGAGUAGAGAUCCUCAUGCUGAGAACAAUCCUUCAUCCCUUGGUCAAUUUCUUGCUCUGGAAAGAAAAACUGCUAAUAAAAACAGAAAGAAUCAAACCCCUCUUCAUGAUGAGUUUCCAUUGACUCAAACCAUUGCCGAGCCAAAUUCAUUAUUUGUGAGUGGCUCCAUUGCCCCACAUCGAUCCAUUAGUUCAAGGGAAAAUAUUGGGACACAGAGAGAAAACAGGGCAUCAGGGCACGGCAACAAUUGGUUUGGCUCACUUGCAGAGAUUUUUUCAUGCUUGUGUGGACAAGCAACCCGUGGCUAA